GAGGCGACGAUGCAGGGAGGCCCGACACACCUGAGCCACCUUUUACUGUGGCUGCUUCUCGCACAAACCUCUGCGGAUUUGCCCAUGUGCAAAGAGUCAGAUUAUCACUUUGAGUACACAGAGUGUGACGUACUCGGAUCACGAUGGAGAGUGGCGGUUCCCAACAAAGCUGACACAUGCACAGGCCUCCCAGAUCCAGUGAAAGGCACUCAGUGCACCUUCUCCUGUAGUGAGGGGGAGUACCUCAACAUGCAGUCGCAGCAGUGCCAGAAGUGUGCUGCAGGCACGUACUCUCUGGGCACCGGCGUGGCCUUUGAUGAGUGGGACAGCCUGCCGUCUGGUUUUGUCACCCAUGGAAUGAACACAAACGGCAGGGACGUCCACACAGACUGCUCCAACUCAACAUGGACACCAAGGGGUGAUUAUGUAGCCUCAAACACAGACGAGUGCACUGCAACGCUGUCCUAUGCUGUGAGCCUGAAGAAACCUGGAACUGUGUCCUUUGAAUAUUUCUACCCCGACAGCAGCAUUUACUUUGAGUUCUUUGUUCAGAAUGACCAGUGUCAGUCUACAGACUCUGAGAACCGGUGGAUGAAGAUCUCUGAGAGCAACUGGAGCCAGUACAGGGUUGAGCUGAGCAGCGGCAACAACGUGCUGUACUGGAGAACCACUGCGUAUAGUCUGCAGGGCAGUGCUGUCAAACCUGUUAUGUUGAGAAACAUUGCCAUCUCAGGGGUAGCCUACACAUCAGAGUGUUUCCAUUGUAAACCCGGCACCCACAGUGCAAAACCAGGAUCUGCCCGCUGUACCCCCUGUCCUGCUCAGACCUACUCCAACAAAGGUGCCACUGUUUGCCAUCAGUGUGAAGAAGACAAAUAUGCAGAGGCUGGUUCAGGGAGCUGCAAACCGAGACCUGCAUGUACAAACAGUGACUACUUCUACACCCACACUCCCUGUGACUCUGAGGGAAAGACUCAGCUCAUGUACAAGUGGAACGAGCCUAAGAUCUGCAGUGAGACUGUUGAGGGAGCUGUGAAGCUGCCCGCAUCAGGGGAGAAGCAAACCUGUCCUCCAUGUAACCCGGGUUUCUUUGUCACCAACUCUUCUACCUGUGAACCCUGCGAUGAAGGUUUCUACUCAAAUGGAACAGCCUGUACCAAGUGCCCUGUUGGGACGGAACCGGUGGUGGAUUUCGAGUACAAAUGGUGGAACACAAUGCCGAACAACAUGAAGAGCUCAAUCUUCCAUCGAGAGUUCAGCGACUCCGAACACAGCACGGCAUGGGAGGUGGCUGGAGAGUAUGUCUACACAACCCCCGGGGAUCAGGACUCAGACUACCUGAUGCUGACUCUCAGUGUCCCUGGAUACAGGCUGCCUCAGUCCAUUGCCACAGACAGUGAAAGAAGUGAACUAUCUCGCAUCACCUUUGUCUUUGAGACCAUGUGUACAGCUGACUGCAAAUUUUACUUCCUGGCGGGUUAUAAUCAGUGGAAUAAUGAUGUGGUGGAGGAGUGGAAAGGCAGCAACAGGAAACAGUCGUACUCCUACCUGAUCCAGAGGAACAGCACCACCAGCUUCACCUGGACAUUUCAACGAACGGAGGACUUUAACGUGGAGAGAAAGUACAGUGCUGAUGUUGCAAAGAUCUACUCCAUCCACAUCACUAAUGUGAUAGGAGGUGUGGCCUCUCAGUGCCGCCGCUGUGCCCUGAGCUCUGCAAAGGCCGGCUCCACCUGUGUUCCUUGCCCAACGGGGCACUACAUGGUCAAUAGGACGGGGGUGUGUAAGAGCUGCCCCCCAAACACCUUCAUCAAGGCCGAUCAUGCUGUCGGAGAGGCUGCUUGUGUUCAGUGUGGACCAAACACAGAGAGAAACAAGGCCCACACGGCUUGCCUCAGUGACUGUGCGUUGGACGUGCAGACGACAGGAGGAGCGCUGCUGCACUAUGACUUCUCUCCUCUGGCCAACGUCACCAGCUUCCACAGCAGCCCCCGCUUCACCAACAAAGGCCUGAGAUAUUUCCAUCGCUUUAAUUUGGGUCUGUGUGGGAGAGAGGGCAGAGUACCGGCCACCUGUGUGGACAACGUAACAGAGAGCGGGAGAGAAGUCAAAGGUUACGUCUGUCAGUCCACUGUGGUUCCCUCUGACAUCAGGAGUCAGAGCGUGGUGUCCUCCCAGCCUUUCCUUAUUGGUGCCUCACUCAUUGGUGUGACCACUGACACAACCCUCAGUAGCAUCUCCUCUCCAAAAUGGAUGUUUCCCUCUUCGUCUGGCCUGCCAGAUGUCAUAUUCUACUACAAGUCGAGUGAGACGACUCAGGCUUGUAAACAAGGAAGGUCAGCUGCCAUCAGACUUAGAUGCAACCCCACAGUGACGUCUAAAGACCUCAUCACGCUGCCAAGUAACUGUUCAGAGGGGACAUGUGAUGGUUGUACUUUCCACUUUCUGUGGGAGAGCCAGCAUGCAUGUCCACUCUGCACCAAAAACCACUACAGAGAGAUUGUCAGCGCUUGCAUCCAGGGAAUACAGAAAACCACCUAUGUGUGGCAGCAGCCGUUGCAGUGUUACGGAGGAGAGUCUCUACCAGCACAAAAAGUCAGUGCUUGUGUGACUCUGGAUUUCUGGCUAAAAUUUGGUGUUUCCACGGGAACGAUUGCUGCUGUGCUGCUCAUCAGUAUCAGCUGCUAUUUCUGGAAGAAGACACGCAAGUUGCAGUAUAAGUACUCUAAGCUGAUGAUGAACUCUGGGGAUAAAGAGUGUGAGCUGCCCACUGCAGACAGCUGUGCAAUAAUGGAGGGAGAGGAUGCAGAGGACGACAUCAUGUACCUCACCAAGAGAUCCUUCUUCACCAAGAAAAUGAAAUCCUUCUCACGAGAGAGGACAUCAGAUGGAUUUGACUCGGUUCCUCUUAAGUCAUCGUCUUCACACCAGCAAAGAGAAGAGGAAGACUCCGAUGAUGCUUAACUCAGAUGACGAACUGAAGCUGUUUGACAUCAAUGUAGGUCCAACAGACGGAGUCACAGAAAACACAGAUGGGCUGUUGAAUUAAAUUUUUAUUAUUACAAAACAUAAACUGGAUUACUGAAGGAUUUUUUAAAUAGUGUACGUGACAAUUUUAUGUAGUAUUAUUUGUCAUAUGUUAGAUUGCCAAAUCUAAUAGUGCAAUACAAAGUCUCCAUACUGGGGAUACUCUGUAUUUUCAAGGCCCAACAGUGUAUUUCAAAAUGAUGUAAGAACCAUACUGUGGAUAAAGUUACAAUUGUUGUAGGUGUGUUAGACUGUGAGUGUGUAUCUCAUUAUUUUCUAUAUUACUUUUGUUAUUUUAUUUUUUAUUUGGCUAUCCUGUUUUUUUUUAUUAGACCAGACAUCUAUUUCAAUCUUACCAUGUUAUUUGCCAAUUUGUGAUUUAUAUUUGCUGUAGCUUUUGCUAAUGUUUUCUGCUCCAGCCAAGCUUAUGAUAUAACCUUGCUUUAUUUUGGAGUAAAGACAUUUUCUACAAUAAAAAAAUGUGCAUCUGCAGGAAUUAAGAAUGACCUCUAAUGCCGCCUCUAAUGCCGCCUCUCAGACCAUACUGCUGAAAAUAAUUAUACGACUUCACGUUAUGUAUAUUAUAUAAUACUUUUAUGUUACUACUUUAUAUGUUUAUAUGUAUUUGAAUGUGCUUAUGAUUGAAAAAAUGUCAAAAGUAUAUUUGUAGUUGGUUUAACUAAGAAAAAUACAAACAGCAAUGUUAUUAAUAAUCCAAAAUGUAUCUCCUUUCUGUGAUUUUCCAUGGAAGAAUGAAAUUAUAUUUCCACAACAAAUAUCUUAAAUCUUGGUAAAUCGACAUUUGUUCAAGUACUGCACUUUCAUACUUCCAGUUCCUGCUAUUUUUGAGGUGAAGCAGUAAAGUAUCUUUUUCACUACAAUUCAGAAUUAAAUGUACUUUUUACUAGUUUUGACAUUUAUAUGACAGCUAAAGAAAGCCACUAGUUACU